UGGACGGACUUCACUCCGCAUUGAGUUGUGUUUUCGUGUAGAGUAGUGUUUUAGUGUGGGCACGGUGCUUUGGAGGAAGGGGAGCAGAUGCGGCUCUUGCCAUGACUUGUCCCGGGAAGCAGAGCUUUCAGGCGGCGUUGAUAUUUCUGACUGUCGCCCAGCUGACUGCAGGCCUGAAGUGCGUGUGCCAACUGUGCGCCAACCACACCUGUGAGACAACGGCAGACGGCGCCUGCUGGAACUCUGUGAUGCUUAUAGACGGGGAGGAGAAGACGGUUAAAUCCUGCUUGUCACCUUCUGAGAUGAAGGGCCAGGUCUUCUGCUACAGCUCGAGAAACGUAUCCAAGAGGAACUGCUGCUUCACUGACUUCUGCAACAACGAGACUCUGCACCUAAACCCAGAGAGGCCUUCAGAAGAACCUGGGUGGAGCACAGAGCAGCUCCUCGUCAUCAUCCUCGUGCCCUCCUGCCUGUUGGUUUUGGGGAUCUUGCUUGGGGUGUUAGUGGUACAGGGUCAUCGCUGUUACUACAGCAGAGCCCACAAGCAGGACCCUGAGGAGCCUCUAGAUGACCAGAUGCUGAUGUCACCUGACAGGUGUCUCAAAGAUCUGAUCUACGACAUGAGCACCUCAGGGUCUGGAUCAGGUCUCCCACUGCUGGUCCAGCGGACUAUAGCUCGGACCAUUGUCCUGCAGGAGUCCAUCGGGAAAGGCCGGUACGGGGAGGUGUAUCGGGGGAAAUGGCGAGGAGAGGAUGUGGCAGUGAAGAUCUUCUCCACCAGGGACGAGAGGUCAUGGUUUCGAGAAGCAGAGAUCUUUCAGACCAUCAUGCUCAGACAUGAGAACAUCCUGGGCUUCAUCGCUGCAGACAACAAAGAUAACGGCUCCUGGACCCAGCUGUGGUUGGUGUCAGAGUACCAUGAGCAUGGCUCUCUGUAUGACUACCUGAACAGGUACACUGUCUCUGUGGAAGGCAUGAUUGUCCUCGCCAUGUCCAUCGCCAGUGGACUGGCUCACCUGCACAUGGAAAUCAUCGGCACUCAGGGAAAGCCUGCAAUUGCUCACCGAGACUUAAAGUCCAAAAACGUCCUGGUGAAGAAGAACGGCACGGCAGCCAUUGCAGAUUUGGGUUUGGCUGUGAAACACGACUCAAGCACAAAUACUGUGGAUAUACCGUCAAACCACCGAGUGGGAACUAAGAGGUACAUGGCCCCUGAAAUCCUGGAUGAGACGAUCAAUACGAGCAGCUUUGAGUCAUUCAAGAGGGUAGAUAUCUACGCGCUCGGCUUGGUGUUCUGGGAACUGGCCCGUCGAUGUUCUGUUCGGGGACUUCAUGAAGAUUUCCAGCUGCCUUACUACGACCUGGUGCCUUCUGAUCCGACCAUCGAGGACAUGAGGAAGGUGGUGUGUGAGCAGAAGCUCAGACCAAACAUCCCCAACCAGUGGCAGAGCUGUGAGGCUCUGCGUGUAAUGGGCAAACUGAUGAGAGAGUGCUGGUACGCUAACCCUUCUGCUCGACUCACGGCUCUGCGGGUCAAGAAAACCGUGUCUCAGAUUUCUGUCAUCAAGGACGUCAAAGAUUAGCUUGAUCUGUCGCCCUGCAGAUUAGCACUGAUGCUGGCGUUGGUGCAGCACUGUGAGCUGAGAGAUUUGUGGGGGAAAAUAAACAAGGAGAAACAGUUCUCUGUCUCUGCCGGAGGCUGCCCUCUUCAGGACACGACGGCACUGUUCACCCUCUGACAGCAGAGUGUGGUUGUUGGUGCCAAAGUAUUAAAGGAGGGUGUCUGGGCUGCUUUGCACAUGGACGCCUAAAAACAAUGUGAACCAAAAAGAGAAACGUCGGUAGGAAAGCCAUAUGAUAUGAGAUUGUGUAAUCUAUGUACAGAUUAUUUUUUGCUACCUCAGACAUUUAAGUGCCCAAAGCUUCAAGUUGCACAUUGUGACGUAUUUGUGCCAUAUAGCAAACAUAAUGCUUGGUAGGUAGUGCUAAUUUAUAGUCAGAAAGAAUGUAGAAAAAACACUUUAACUGGUCAUAGCUUCUUUUAAACAAAACACUCAGACUUUCUAAAAGAACCAGAGCUUUAAACUGAUUUAGCAAACUGUUCGACUGUUGGUACAUUUGUUAGAAAGGACGUUUUACUAUGAAUAGGAAAACAGAAGUGCAUAUCUGUCUGAAAGUCAUCCCUAAGCUUAGUUCAUCAAAGUUUUAGAUAUCAUUGACUUAGCGUUAAAGCUCAGUGGAAGGUAACAAGUUGGUCAUUUGCCUGUUCUGUUGGUCAAAAUACCUCAAUAAUCAAUUAAUUGAUCAUAAGAACAUUUGGUUUUUAAAAUAUUGGAAAGUCAAAGUAUAACUAUGAAAACUGAUCUUCACCUGUUCAAGAAAAGUCCCAGUUAACUGUUGUGGAUUGAACUAAAAGCCGUCAUUUCUCUGGUGUUUCCCUCAUGCCAAGCUUCAAAUAUGAAGACAUACUAAUGGUAAGAUUUACUAAGUUGUCUCAGCAAAUUUUAACCGCCUCAUUAGAGGAGUUUGUAAAAUGGCGAAAGCUUAACUCCUGCUUUAUAUUUGUACUUUUAAACUUUUUGUUUGAAAUGGGUGACUGUGAUUUUGGACAAACACAGUUUUAUAAUUACUCUCUCAGAUAUAUCUACCCUGGAAAUGUGUAAUUUAAAUUAUAGAAGCUGUGCUUCUCUAAUGCUUAAAUCUACGGAAGCCCAUAGAGGACAGAAGUCCAUAUCUUUUAUUUGCACAGUUUUCCUUCAAUCUCUGGAGUUGGAAAAGCACAAAACAAACAUAACACUUCAUGUGCAACAGCAUGGUUGCAGAAGUAAAAACCCCAUUCAUUUUCUCCGUAGUGGAUUGAACUUCGAGCCAUAAUGUCAGAAAUAUCCAAGUUAGAUUUAACAGUAUUUGGUUCCUGCGAUAUCAAAUACUUGGUUAGAAAAAUGAGGGUUUUUUUUUUUGCAAUGUCAGCCAAAUAAAUGAGAGAAGUCUGGCUGCUGUACCAUAGCUCUUAGGACGGAAAAACAUGCUUAAGUUUUCAAAAUAAAAUUGCAUAAACUUUAGUUUGUUUUGCCAAGGGUUAAGCCAAGGGUUAGGAUACCAAAUGUUAAAAGUUAAAAACCUGACUAAAAAAAUGUUUGGUAAGGCUGAGUAAAUAGUCUGCUAAAAGGAAAAAGCUAGUCCUCCAUGAAAAGACUCUGACAUAGCAAAUAUAGUUUUGGUAGCUCUCUUAGCUGUGUAAGCUACAUAGAUAUGCAGAUACAAAAGUAACAUGAUUAAGCUAGGCUAAAAAAAGCUCAUGGAUACCUACACAAAUGGAGCUAACAUUUGCUACAUAAACAAAAUAAUAUAUAUAGCUACAUGUUAGCUUUAGCUAUGUUUGCACAGGUUCACAUUGCUAAAGCUAACAUAGCUACAUUGGCUUAAAUAAUAGUGUUAACUACGAGCUGGCAUUUUCUCCACUAGAAGUAAUGGUAUGUGGUCCUACGGAAGACAAAAAUUCCUAAAAUACGAGAUACUUGGUUAGAAAAACGAGGUUUAUUUGUAAUGUCAGCCAAAUAAAUGAGAGAGGUGUGGCUGCUCUAAGACGCCCUCUCUUGCAGAUAAAUUUUCAAAAUAAAAUUGCAUUAAACUUUUGUUACGAAGUUAAAAACCUGACCUGCAAAACCUGAUUACAAAACACUCUGACGUAGCAAAUGUAGUUUCUGUAGCUCUGUUAGCUGUGUAAGCUAUGUACCUAGCUUAGGUACGUAUAGCUACGUUCAAAAAGCCCAUGGAUAUCUAUACAAACAAAGCUACGGAGCUAACAUUACCUACAUAAACAACAUAAUAUACUUAUCGUAAUGCUACAUUAGUUUUAGCUAUGUUUGCUAAAGCUCACAUAGCUACACUGGCUUAUAUAGUAGCGUUAACUACAUAGCUGGUGUAGCUACGUUAGCGUUAUCUAACGCUAACAAAGCUAUUUGCCACUUUAUGAGUAUGUAUUUCUAAAACAGGUCUAUACAGUGGUAGCCUGGACCAACCAGGGUCCCUGAAAUCUGAUUGGCCUCAAUGAAAUCCUUAAAGUGAUUGGCUAUUUGCCUUGCCAGUCAUUUAUCAGCCAUUUAAAAACCCAAUAGCAAAGCUACCAAACCUACAGUACAUCAGAUUGUGUUUUACUAACUUUAAUGUCUUCAAGGUGAGAUAUUUCAAAAUGGACCCAUCAUCCUGAUAUUUUUCUGUUUGAGCCCUCAGUGGAAACAGUUUGGGCAUGCCUACAUUAAAGUCACAUGAUGUGAAAAUGACGUGCUUUUAAGUAUGAUGGAACAACUUAGCAACUGUUAGCUCAGUAUGCAGUUUGUAUGUUACAGCUAGGGGUGCACCGAUUGCAAUUUUCUGGCCGAUCACGGAUCUUUAAAAAGCCUGACCUGCCAAUUCCGAUUUUGGCUGAUACUGAUUUUUCUUUAUGACUGCAUACACCUUCAAUGUUCCAAUCUUAUUUUAUUGAAAAACAUUAAACAAUACCUGUUAAAAAAUACAAACUUGUUGUUUUAACUGCACAUGAAGUAGUUCUCUCAAAUAUAAAUGAAAAGUUUAGAGCAUUGCUGUCCAAACUACUACAUUAUAUCAGUUCCUUUAGAGUUUCAUUUUUCACAUUUUAGUAGGUAGAGGUACUUAUGAAACUGAUCUUAUCCACCAAUCCUAUCUAAGUAUCGGCCAAUCACCGAUCCCCCAAAAUUAAGGAAAUCGGCGCUGAUUCCGAUUUUGGCUGAUCGAUCGGUGCACCCCUAGUUACAGCAUGUAUUAAAGUAUGCCAUUUUGGACAUAGCCUACACAUUGGGAGUUUGAGAAAAGAAAAACAAAACAAAGGAGGAUUUUAGCUGCUGAAAUUGAGUUUUUAACAACUUUUUCUAGACGUACAUGCUCAUGGAUGUAUUCUACUAAAAGCCCAGGUACCCCCCCCCCUUUUUUUUUUUUUUUUUUGCUGUUUCCACUGUUAAAGGUUCCACUUCCCUUUCAUCAAUAUACCAGCUUUUCCACCUUCUCCAACUUUUUUCCAAAUAUUUUGAGGUUUUUUUUUUUUUCAUUAAUUUGCCGCAUUUCCAGUUUUUGAGCAAAUCAUGCAAACUGAAAAUGCACAUAAAACUGGGGGAUAGAAACCCCACUGUUGAGAUAAAAAAAAGGUCACACAUUAUGGGAAAACUGACUAAAUAAAAUGUACAACUUUGUGUCCUCUUAGGGGUUCCGUAGACAUCAGAGCUUUGCAGUAUUGCAAACUUAAAUUUUGGAUGAAUUGUGUUGUUUUUUUACAGGCAAAUCAAACAGACAGUAGGUGAUAGACAGCAUUUCUUUACAGCUGGUAAGAGCAGAGAAUCUGAAGACACAGUUAUAAAAGAAGAGGAAGAACAGACACAUAUAACGGCUCAUGUAGAGCCCUUUGAAACCUUUUCAUAUCAUGCUUGUAGGAGUCGGAAUCAUGCAUACCGUGUAGGUGUGUUUGCAGCCACACAUGUUUAGAUGGAACCGUGUGUGCAUGUGCAUGUGUGUCUUUCAUGUCACGUAAAGCGAAAGUGAGUAAUCUGGUUUCUCAGUGCAGUCUUUGUGGAAACAGUUCUGCUGAGUAUACGCUGCAUAUCCCAUCCAUUAUGAUAACUAGACAUUAUGUAGCAUCAGCUGUAUUUUCUCUCUUUAUCAUAACCUGUUGCUGUCCAGUAUCAGUGCACGUGCAGGUUUUUGUUUCUUCUGUGAAAUGGACUUUAUUUUAAAAUAAAGCAGAAAAGAAAUAUCUGGAGAUUCACUGUCAAGCUUGCAGCUCUGCCUGUGUCCAUUGGAAAUACUUAUGAUUUCUUUAAGCUGAAUGUGGAGCCAAGCUUUUAUUUUAUCUACUGUGUCAUAUCUGCUUUCUAAAAGCAUCAGAGAAGAUGAGAGGAACCGAUAGCUAAGUUUAUUAAAGACCUAUCAGUCAUUCCAAAGAGGGGCGAUCACCAUGUGCAAUUUCUGACUGGUGUCUUUUUUUCUAUGAAAUGUAUAUUAUGAGAUUGUUGAAUAAAAACUAAUGUGACACUGCUUUCAUAAAUAAAACCUAUUUUUGAUUUGUAACCAUCAAGCUAUGAAAAAUAUAUUUUUGAUUAUAUGAAAAUGUUUUGUGUCGUUGCUUGGAUUCUACCCUGUUGCAUUGUAUCUGUUCUCUUGCACUAUUUAUUCUGUAUAAGUGGGUCAAUAAAGUUUGUUUUUCAAGGA